AUGGAUGAUCUACCAUCGAAAUUUCAUAUGGAAAAUAAUCAUAUUUUUCCCAAGUUUACUUUUGCGGAACUUGCGAAAGACAAUAUUACUAGUUAUGAAUUAUAUCUUUGGUCAGCACCAAUUGAUGUGGCAGAGCGUUAUCAACUCUAUCUAAAUCAAAUGUCAAUAUCAAAUAAUCAAUCUUUGGAAAGAGAAAUUUUCUAUAAUUGUACAUUGCCAAGAUUUGGUUCGUUAUGUCAAUAUGAAAUUAACUAUGUUCAUGAAAACUAUUCAUCUCUAUAUGAUAUGAUCAAUGAUUACUAUGAAGAGCGAUACUUCAAUCCUGAUGUAAACUGUUAUACUCAUUUACAAUGUAAUCGUGGUCCAUCACCAGCUUGUUUGGAUUGGACAGAGAUUUGCGAUGGCCAAGUUGAUUGCAUCGAUGAUAAAGCGGAUGAAAAAGAUUGUUGGAAAAUUGAAAUUCAUGUAUGUCAAGAUGAUGAAUUCCAAUGUUCGAAUGGACAAUGUAUACCUAUGGCUUUUUAUCGUGAUGAUGAUACUAGUGGAGAUUGUGCUGACAUGACAGAUGAACGUUCGCCACAACGAAUAGAAUCGUUGUACUUCAUUUAUAAACAGCCGUCAUUUAUAAAUGAAGAGAAUCAAUUUCGUCCAGUACCCAUCGGAAAUCUUAAUUUCGAUGGAUUGACCGAACUCAAUACGGAUAAUCCAACAACUAGUAUUAGACCAUCAGGAAUUAAUCGAUAUCCACAGAAAUAUGAACUUAUGAUGAACAGAAAGAAUCCAUGUUCUCGAGGUAUUCAAUUACGCGUUUGGCUCAAUGAGCAAAAUAAUUCAACAACAAAUACAUGUCUUUGCCCACCUAGUUAUUAUGGUGAUCAUUGUCAAAAUCAAAAUCAACGUGUCAGUUUAACUAUGGCAUUUCGAGUAAUGUCUGAUUCUCGAUCAACAUUAUUUACAAUUAUAAUCUCAUUGAUCGAUGAUAGUGAACAAAGAAUUAUUCAUUCAUACGAACAAUUG